AUGUCAUACUUUGGACUUCGGGGCAAGUCCCUGAGUAUCGUACUCAGCAUAGUCGCUGCAAUGGCCUUUGCCCUCCAGGGCUACGACCAAGCUGUCAUGAACGGUCUCCUAACCCUGGAUACUUUCGACCGGCAAUUUCCCCGGAUGAAGAACCCUAACAUCGAAGGUACUGCUGUGGCCAUUUACGAAGUUGGCUGUGCUAUUGGAGCUCUUUCUUGCGCUUUCAUCGGCGACAUACUCGGCCAUCGCCGUAUUGUCUUCAUCGCGGGCUGUAUCGUCAUUGUUGGUGUCGCGAUACAGAGUAGCGCAUUUUCUCUCGGCCAGCUUAUCGCUGCCAGAAUCAUUACAGGUCUCGGGGUUGGCGCCCUGACAGCUACCGUGCCUAUGUGGGUAUCUGAGUGCUCCAAUGCCAGAGAACGUGGGCGUCGCGUGCUCCUUCAGGGCUUCUUUGCCAUUGGUGGCAUUGUCAUUGCAGCGUGGAUGGAAUUCGGCCUUUAUUUCGUGAAGGACAACCAAGUCAACUUCCGCUUUCCUAUCGCCUUCCAGGGCCUGUUCGCGGUUAUUAUCACCUCGCUAGUUAUGUUUCUUCCAGAGUCUCCCCGCUGGCUCAUAAAAAAAGACCGCUUCGAGGAUGCAAAAAAAGUCAUGGCUGCUCUCGAGGACCUCCCAUACGACUCUGAGGUCAUCAACGAGGAACUUACCCUCAUCCGCGACGCCUACAUCGAGGAAAAACGCCAGGCUGCGUCUAUCUUCACCAUGGGUCCUGAGCGCCAGUUUCAUCGUGCCGUUCUUGCUGUUGGCCUUGCCAUUCUUGCGCAAAUGUCGGGUGUCAACAUUGUCACCUUUUACUCCACAACCAUCUUCCAGCAGCAGCUACACUAUUCACCAGUAGAAUCUCGCAUUUUCUCUGCAAGCUUGCAGGUCUGGCAAUUCAUUGCUGCCGGGUUCGCCAUCCUGCUCAUCGAUAGGUUUGGUCGCCGCAAGCUGCUCAUGGCUGGUGCGUUGGGCAUGUGUGUUGCCCAGACGUCACUUGCCGGUCUUUUGUCUGACUUGACCAAUAAGUCUGCUACUGAAGCUGCCAUUUCCUUCUACUUUGUCGCCUUGUUUUUCUUCCCUGUCGGUCUCUUCCUUCUUCCAUUCAUGUACGCUGCUGAGAUAUCACCUCUUAGCAUUCGUGCCCAGGUUACAGCCGUCAGUGCCUGUGCCAACUGGCUGUUUAACUUUCUAGUUGCCGAGGUGUCCCCCCAUGCCCUCAAGAACAUUGGUUUUAGAUACUACAUUGUCUACUCCUGCAUUACCUUCUUCACAUUCAUCGUCAUAUACUUCUUCUACCCAGAGACGAAGGGCCGUACUUUGGAAGAGAUCGAUGACAUUUUCAUCCAGUCAAGGGGUAUCUGGGAUCCAGUUAAGGUCGAGAAGAGCCUGCCAGGAGACACUAUAGCUCUGGCGGAGCGCCUUAGAAACGUUCACGAGCAGGAGAAGCAUGAUGCAACACAUGCAGAGAACGUAUAA